CCGGACUUGACGCCUCGCAGGACGGCGAUGUGUUCGGUCUACGCGGUUGUCGCAGUUUGAUCAGCAUCGCUGAAGAAGGAAGUGCAGCCAUGGCGCAGGGGCUCAAAGUGAGAUUCGAUAAGUUCCUCCACGAGAAGAACCGCAUGACGGACUGUCUGGGAAAGCUCGAGGAGAAGACCGGAGUGAACAGGACGUACAUAGCUCUCGCUGUCAUCGGUGUCAUCGCGGUGUACUUGGUCAUCGGCUACGGAGCCUCCCUACUGUGUAACCUCAUCGGCUUCCUUUACCCAGCCUACAUAUCGAUUAAGGCCAUUGAAAGUGCCACCAAGGACGAUGAUACUAAAUGGCUGACCUACUGGGUGGUGUAUGGACUCUUCAGUGUGGCCGAGUUUUUUGCCGAUAUCUUCCUCUCCUGGUUCCCAUUCUACUAUAUCGGAAAGUGUGCCUUCUUGGUGUGGUGCAUGGCUCCGACUUCCUCCAACGGAUCAGUCCUGAUUUAUAACCGCAUCAUUCGGCCAUUUUUCCUCAAGAAUGAAACCAGGAUUGAUGAUGCGGUGAAGACGCUCCAGGAUAAGGCGUCAGAAGCUGCUGACAAGAUCAAAGAUGAGGCCAAGAGAGCCACAGCAAACAUCAUGUUCGAGGAGAAGAAGAGCUCUUAGGAGGCUUCCUGCCCACAGCGUCGCUCGGGAGCUGUACGAGAAGAAACACCGCCUUGAAAAUGUUUGUUUAAAAAGAUCCUGUUACGUAGGUAGUCCUCAUCUCGCUGUAAUAGAUGUCACACGUGUCACAUGCAUCAAUCAAGCAGUUUUUCCAGGUCAGCGUUUUACUUAAGAUAACUGCACGCUGGCCCUGAUGACCUUUAUGAACCAAAUAAAACCAACCCUCCUGAA